ACUGGGCGGCGAGGACUGGGGACUGCUGCGGGUAAAUCGGCACCACGGGCCACGAACUUGUCGUGCUCGAACCCACGUAGAACGCCCGGGCUUAGGUAGCUCGUCGUCCUUCGGCGUUAUUCCUCACCGACGCCCGCGGGCAAUGUGCCCACCCGACGAGAUAACUACGGGUGGACAAGGCGUACGAUGCUUAGGGAUGCUUGGACGAACGACGGUGGGAAAGGCUGGUGGCGAUGUUGGUCCAGGUUGGGCGGAUUGCUGGCGAUGGCGACAGCCAUUUCCUGUCUCGUUGUCCCGUUUCCGGGCGCCUCGGCCAAUCCGGAAGCGAAGCGUCUUUACGAUGACCUGCUGUCGAACUACAACCGCCUCAUCCGCCCCGUUGGCAACAACAGCGAUCGCCUCACUGUCAAAAUGGGACUACGCCUCUCCCAGCUCAUCGACGUUAACUUGAAGAAUCAGAUCAUGACGACAAACGUAUGGGUGGAACAAGAGUGGAACGAUUACAAGUUGAAGUGGAAUCCGGAUGACUAUGGCGGCGUCGAAACCCUUCAUGUACCAUCGGAACACAUAUGGCUGCCUGACAUUGUACUUUACAAUAAUGCCGAUGGAAACUACGAGGUAACCAUUAUGACCAAGGCGAUCUUGCACCAUACGGGAAAGGUCAUGUGGAAGCCACCGGCGAUCUAUAAAUCAUUUUGCGAGAUCAACGUGGAGUAUUUCCCCUUUGACGAGCAGACCUGCUUCAUGAAGUUUGGCUCGUGGACUUACGACGGAUAUACGGUCGACCUGCGGCAUUUAGAUCAGACCGAAGAUUCAAACGAAAUCGACGUUGGUAUCGAUCUGACAGACUAUUACAUCUCCGUCGAGUGGGACAUAAUAAAAGUGCCUGCCGUGAGAAACGAAGCGUUCUACAUUUGCUGUGAGGAACCGUAUCCCGACAUCGUGUUCAACAUCACCCUACGCCGCAAGACCCUCUUUUACACGGUAAACCUGAUAAUACCGUGCGUGGGCAUAUCCUUCCUCUCGGUAUUGGUGUUUUACCUGCCGAGCGACAGCGGUGAAAAGGUCUCCUUGUCGAUAUCGAUACUCUUAUCGUUGACGGUGUUUUUCUUGUUACUAGCGGAGAUUAUACCGCCCACGUCGUUGACGGUUCCAUUACUCGGGAAGUAUUUGUUGUUUACGAUGGUGCUGGUAACGUUUUCGGUCGUAGUGACGAUCGCUGUGUUGAACGUUAACUUUCGGUCUCCGGUGACCCACCGUAUGGCCAAGUGGGUUAGAAUCGUGUUCAUUCAGGUGCUCCCAAGAUUCCUCCUCAUCCAAAGACCAAAGAAGGACGAUGACGAUGAAGAUGAGGAGGGUGUUGACGGGUUAGUAGGUGGUGUUAACGGCGUUGGUACUGGUGGUGGUGGUGGUGGUGGUAGUGAUAAUGGUGGUAGUAGAAACGGUGGUGGCGCCGGUAGCUCCCAUCAUCAUCGACUUCAUCGUAUUCAUAACGGGCACGAGCUCGACGACGAGCUCGACGACGUCGUCGACGAGGACGACGUUGAAGCACCCAACGGGAAACCGCCCGAGGCUAUCCUCACCGAUGUGUUCCAUGUACAAGAGACUGAUAAGUACGAGCCCUAUUGCGGUAAGAGGUUCAGCGGCGAAUACGAGAUACCUGGACCACAUGGUCCACUGACGCACCAAAUCGUCGACCAUCAUCAUCACCAUGGCGGUGUUUCCACCGGCCCUGGACUUCCACCACCGACUUCCUUACCGACCAAUGGCCCGCCUCCGCCGCCGCCCCCGAGCAAGCCGCCGAGCUUUCAUUACGGGCACGGUCCACCUCUCGGCACCGUUGCCCCUUAUUUCGAGGAACCACUGCCCUCUUUGCCUCUGCCCGGUGCCGACGACGAUCUCUUUGGGCCAGCCAGCCCUGGUUAUGCACACGAGGACAUCAGCCCCACGUUCGAGAAGCCGCUGGUACGCGAAAUCGAGAAAACCAUCGACGACGCCCGAUUCAUCGCCCAGCAUGCCAAGAACAAGGACAAGUUUGAGAGCGUCGAAGAGGAUUGGAAGUACGUAGCGAUGGUGAUCGAUCGGAUCUUCCUGUGGAUCUUCACAUUGGCGUGUGUGUUUGGUACAGCGAUGAUAAUCUUCCAAGCACCAAGUUUGUACGACACGACGAAGCCGAUUGACAUUAAGUACAGCAAGAUCGCGAAGAAGAAGAUGAUGUUGAUGAAUAUGGGUCCGGAGGAGGAAUAGUUGACGAUAAAACGCGGCCAAUGGCCGUUGGGCCGUUGGCGCGAUCGUCGACGUAAUAAUCGCCGUCGUCAUAAUCAUCAUGAUCAUCAUCAUCAUGAUUAUCGUCAUCAUCAUCAUCAUCUUCGUCAUGAUCAUAAUAUUCGU